AUGGCAGCUCCACAGGGUGGACGCGAAGGGGACGCGAAACUACGGCUCAGAUUUUUGGAGCUUCACGAGGACAGUAGCAAGACCGAGCAGGUAACCUUUUUGCGCAAGAUGAAGCCCAGCACCCCAUUAGCGCUGGCCAAUGCCUUCAAAGGAUUGCAAAUCUCUAGUCUCUCGCCGUUGCGACAAAUCCGAACGCCAUUGCUCCGACAAUCCGGAGCCCUCUCCAAAGCCUGGGCGCCACAACCAAAGGCCUUCUCGACAACCACACCCGUUUUUGGAACAUGGCUUGAACCUGAUAUCAACCGCAAGAAGAAAAUGGCCAAAGGACGUUGCCGAGUGGCUACUGGAGGCUCGACAAAGGGAACCACGGUCAUCUGGGGCGACUUUGGCCUUCGUAUGACGGACAAGCAACGUCGCAUCAGCGCAAAGUCGCUGAAGAUGGCAGAGGAUACCAUCAAGACUCGACUUCGAGGCCAAAAGUACCGACUUUACAAGCGAAAGUGCUGUAACGUCGGUGUCUAUGUUAGCGGUAACGAGAUGAGAAUGGGCAAGGGAAAGGGUUCAUUUGACCACUGGGCAACAAGAAUGGCAGUCAGCCAGAUUCUUUUCGAGGUUCGCGGCCGCCUCCACGAGCAGGUCGUUCGUGAUGCAUUUCGACUGGCCGGCAACAAACUGCCUGGACAAUGGGGAUUUGUCAAGAAGGGGGAGGCUCCAGUUGUUGGCAUCACCAAGCUGGACGGUGUUACGCUUGAAGAGCUCAAGCGACCCAGACGCCAGCUCCCGCAGGCGCAGAUUAUUGAGGCGGCCGGGACUGCUCCCUCAGUUUCAGAGGCAGGUAGCGGCAGCCAACCUCCUGCUUCAUCAUAA